UUGGCAUCCAUUGUGCGCUUCAGGUUCCACCAUUCUUUCCAUUUUUUUUAAUUUUUUUUUUGCAAUUAUUCAUUUCAAUUCUUUGUAAUUGUUUAUCUUCACUAUCCAUUUUUUUCCCUAUAAUUGAUAAUUAUUAUUUUCUCUAUUUCAUUCAUGAAGUAUUCAGAUGAUAGUUACCCUACGAAUUCGAAACGCCAUAGACUCAAUUUUUCUCUACUUCCAUGCAAGAAACCUAGAGCCAAUGUGUUAAAUUCAACAUAUUUACAUAUAAAGUCUCUUGGAAUUCCUCUAAUUCAAAAAACUACUGGUUCUUCUUCUGAUACAAUACAUCUCCGACCCUAUAAACCUUACUCUAUUGGCCGUAAUUACAGCCGCUGUGAUUUUAUAUUCGAAGACCAUCGAAUCAGUAAUAUUCAUUGUCAGAUUCUUUUUGAUCCCUUAAAUAAGAAAUUGUACUUAUGCGACGGGUUAUUUUUUGGUUCAACUAAGUUUAGGGUUUCGCUGAAUGGGGUGUUUGUUAAUGGGGUUAGAGUUGCAAAAGGCGAGGUUGUAGAGAUUUGUGUCGGUGAUGAAGUUUCGCUUGGCUGUGGAAGUCAAGGGGUCUGUUGUAUGGGGUUACAGAUAGGAUUUUGUUUGCAAAAGGUUGUAUUUAUUCAGGAGGUUGAUGAUAGGAAUAUAGUUGGAAAAAAUGAUGUAUUAACCACAGAUUGUGUUCCAGUUGGGUAUGCAAGUUAUGCACUUGCUUCUAAAGCAAAUGUGUUGUUGAAUAUGUGUAGGGAGAUAUUAAGUAGCAACCAUCCUGUGUCGCGUAUCCACAAAUGUGUUAUUCUUGAUUAUGGAAGGGGAGUUAGAUGUCAUGGUAAAAUUGGAGUCAAUGAGGAUUUUAAUUUCCCAGUGGCUAGUGUUCAUGGAGUACAGUCUGGUCAAAAAGCUUGUAGGAAAGAGGUAUUUCUUGUUGAGGGUGAACCUGUCCAGGAUAGGGAAUGUGAUUUCCUCAAAGAUGUUGCACUUGCUAUUGAGGUGGAAACAUGUCAUCUCGAUGGGAAGGGGGCAGAACAAGUCAAUAAUGACGGAGCAUCUCACGAGAAUGGUGUCAUUGCUAUUGGAAUAGAGGAAGCUUUAUCUCAGGGGUUUAUAAGCAAGGAGGUAGUUGGUCUACUUGAUGAUACAAUGAAAAAAGAGGACAGAACUCGUGUUGUUCCACCUCCAGGAAAGAAGUUUGUUUUGAAUCGACUGGCUAGUGAAGGGCCACCAAAUUUUCUAGAAGAUCCUAAUGCUGUAUCAUUGCAGGAGAUUCUUUAUCCAAUUGAGACUCUUGAACAACUAUUUAUUGCGACAUUUACUGCUGAUAUACCAUGGUUUCUGUCCUACUGUGAGAUUCCAGCUGAUCUACCUGUUACCAUUGCUUGCCACAAUGCUGAAAGAUGUUGGAGUUCGAGCCCUGAUAGAAGAACCUCAAAGCCUUACCCAGAUUUUCCAAACUUAGUUGUUGUUUAUCCUCCAUUUCCUGAGGUGAUAGCAUUUGGUCAAGACCUGAGGAAAUCAGGCAUUGGUUGCCAUCAUCCAAAGUUGCUUGUGUUGCAAAGGAGAGAUAGUCUCCGUGUUGUGGUCACAUCUGCUAAUUUGGUGGCAGGACAGUGGUGCAGAGUUACAAAUACAAUCUGGUGGCAGGAUUUCCCUCGCUUGGAUGUACCAGAUUACUUGUCACUGUUCACACCAAUUUCUGCAGUGGGAAAUAAUGGACAUCUGGUAUCUGAUUUUGCUGCUCAAUUAGCUGGAUUCAUGGCCUCUUUGGUAGCUGAUGUACCUAGUCAGGCACAUUGGAUCCUGGAGCUGACAAACUAUGACUUUAAAGGAAGUGUUUGCUAUCUGGUUGCCUCUGUACCUGGAGUUCACUCAAGUCGCAUUCCUUGUAUAUCAAAACCAAAACAUUUCUUAGGGGGUGAUUGUUUGCCAGAGUUAUGUCACUUUAAGUCAGUGGGUUCUGUUGAAGCAUCAGUGGCUGGUCUAAGUCAUCUCUUCCGUACUUCAGCGGAUCUUAAUGGAGCACGGCUGAAGAAACUUGCAAGUUACCUUAGGAAAUGCGGUGAAGAUGUAUAUGGGAUGUCAGAGGUUAUUCUAAAGAGAGACCCAAAUAUACCAGCCGAUGCAAAUGCUGUUAGCAUUCAUGUACCUAAUCCUGAAGAUCUUUCUUUAAGGGAAUGUGUUCAACUUGGGUUUCUUCCGAAGAAUUAUGCGAAGUGGGUUGCGCCACUCUCGGACAGUGGUAUUUUUGUGUUUUCUGCAUAUAUUUUCCCAAGUGAAGUUCUUAGUGCUGCUUUAGAGGGAAGCGGCAGCAAAGUACAGUUGAUACUGCAUGUAUCACAGGGUCCAUCCCUUUCAGUCAUUGCAGAAAUUAUUAGAGCUGAACAUGUUUCUGCAAUCUGCUCACUAAUUGCAUCGCUUCAGAGGUGUUGGGGAAUCUGGCGGCUUCAAGAGGUGUUGGGCCAGUUCAAAUGGCCGGAACAUUUAGAAACUGAUUUUGUAUUUGGAGCAUCCUCAAUUGGGUCCAUCAAUGCAAAAUUUUUAGCUGCAUUUUCAACAGCAGCUGGGAAGCGGUCAUCAAGGUUCACUGAAUCAGAGGAGUCUGAUCCAGAUUGGGGCUGCUGGAGUGUGAGCCAAGAGUUGAGGAACCCAUCGAUUAGAAUUAUUUUUCCUACCAUUGAACGAGUGAAAAAUGCGAGCAGUGGAAUCUUGGCAUCCAGACGUAUAUUGUGCUUUUCACAGAAAACUUGGCAUCGGUUGAAAACUAUGGGCCUUCUGCAUGAUGCUGUUCCUUAUCCUCGCGACAGAAUUGGGCAUCCCAUGCAUGUCAAGGUUGCUCGAAGAAGAUUCCAAUCGAGGAAAGAUGCACCGUCCUUCGGAUGGGUUUAUUGUGGAUCACACAAUUUCAGUGAAGCUGCAUGGGGGCGUCAGGUUUCUGGUUUACUUGGCAAGAAAAUCAAUGCAAAUAAAAGUUAUUCUAGUUUAGGUUCGAGACUUCAUGUCUCUAACUAUGAACUAGGUAUCUUAUUCAUUACUCCCCCUCCAGAUGCUCAAGGCAAGAUAAACCAAAGGACGAACUUAGAUGAUAUAGUUUUACCCUUUGUUGUGCCUGCACCAAAAUACAGACCGGCAGACAAGCCUGCUACCCCACAGGAGAUGAGGGAGGCUUUGAUUGAGCAAACUAAGUGCCGGAGAGAUGUAUGUGAGGCAACAAAAGAGGCGGACGAAUGGUUGCAAGAAGAAAUUCCCGAGGAAGAGGAAGUGAUUGAGGCUACUGAUUUUGUUGUUAAGGAGAAAGAAGAUGAAAAGGCUUAUGCUGAGAAAUUAUGGAGUCAAGUUGAUUCCGCAGAGAAAUGUUAGAAUCUUAUACGAAUCACAUUCAGGUAGAAUAAUGUAGGAUUAGAUAUACUGGGGCAAGUUGGUACAAGCUAUUCUGAUGAUACCGAAGUUCAACGUCUCCCUCUCUUAUUACUUUAGGGGGUCACAUACUGGUGGAAUAUUAAAAUUGUUGUAUGAUUAUAGUUGAAAAAGAGUGUUUAGUAAUAUAGUUUCGAUAAUGUGAAAAUGUAUGUAUCAUUGUACUUGUAAAGGUAGAGAAAGGGACAAUGUGUAAGUUAUUUGUUUGUGAACAUAAAAAGGGUUGUUGAGGACGUUUGUUUGGACA